GAGCGGCGUCCGUGUCGUCAUCCAGAGCAAAGAUGGCGGCGGAGGGACUCGGCUUCCACGAGAUGGGACUGGAGGAGCGGCUGCUGCAGGCAAUUUCUAAACUGAACUGGGCCCAGCCUACUCUAAUCCAGGAAAAAGCCAUUCCUCUGGCAUUGGAGGGGAAAGAUCUUCUUGCCAGGGCACGAACUGGGUCUGGGAAAACUGCAGCGUAUGCCAUUCCCAUCAUCGAGCAUCUUCUCAACACAAAAAAGUCCACCUGUGAGCAGGCGGUGCGAGCCCUUGUGUUGGUUCCCACAAAGGAGCUGGGUCAGCAAGUACAGCAGAUGAUCCGACAACUCACAUCCUACUGUGCGUGGGAUGUUCGAGUUGCUGAUGUCUCGGGACAGGCGGAUAUAUCAGCACAGAGGCCCAUAUUGAUGGAGAAGCCCGACAUUGUAAUAGGCACACCCUCCCGCAUUCUGCUGCACUUGGAGCAACAUACCCUGAGUCUCUGUACAUCACUGGAAAUGCUUGUGAUUGACGAGGCAGAUCUGGUCUUCUCAUUUGGAUUUGAAAAUGACUUGAAGAACCUUUUGGGACAUCUCCCAAAGAUUUAUCAGGCAUUCUUGAUGUCAGCCACAUUUAAUGAAGAUGUUCAGGCACUGAAAGAGCUAGUGCUUCAUAACCCGGUGAUUCUGAAGCUGCAAGAGUCUCGACUUCCGGACAGCUCCCAGUUGACUCAGUACCACAUAAACUGUGAGGAGGAGGAGAAGUUCUUGCUGACCUACACGUUAUUCAAGCUUUCCCUUGUCCGCGGCAAGACCAUUGUUUUUGUGAAUUCCAUCGGCAGAUGUUACCGGCUGAAGUUAUUCCUGGAACAAUUCAGCAUCUUCUCCUGCGUUCUAAACUCAGAGCUACCAGUCCACUCCAGGUGUCAUAUCAUCGGUCAAUUCAAUCGUGGUAUUUACAACUACAUCAUUGCAACAGACGAACACGAUCUGACAGAUGCUGCCAGCACAGAUAUGGUAAAGAAGGAGAAAAAACACGGCAAAGGAGUAAAAGCGAAGGAUUACGAAUAUGGCGUUUCUCGUGGCAUAGACUUUCAGAACGUGUCAACUGUAAUUAACUUUGACUUCCCGCUCACGGUGGACUCGUACAUACAUCGCGUUGGAAGGACUGCUCGUGUGGAUAACCAGGGUACGGCACUGACGUUUGUGUCACUCACGGAACUGCCACUGCUCCAUCAAGUGGAAGAAGCACUAACUGGAGAGAACAUGGACUGUGCUUUGAAACCCUACCGGUUCCACAUUGAAGAGAUUGAGGGUUUCCGCUACAGAUGUAAGGAUGCCAUGCGUUCAGUUACAAAGCAGGCGAUUAAGGAAGCUCGGCUCAAAGAAAUCAAACAGGAGCUACUCAACUCUGAGAAAUUGAAGACAUACUUUGAGGAUAAUCCUAGAGACUUUCAAUUGUUGAGACACGAUAAACCUCUGCACCCUGCAAUUGUGAAGCCACAUAUGAAGAAUGUACCAGAUUACCUGAUCCCACCAACUCUGAGAAGAAUCGCAAAUCCCCUCAUCAGCAUGAAGAAGAGAUGGAGACGAAAUGACUUGCAAAGCAGCACACAGAACAGAAACAAGACUUACAAGAAACAGAAUCCGUUGAAGCAUUUUUCACACACAAAGAAAAGAAGGACAAAAAGUGCCAAGUAAUGAAGAGGUUACAAAAACUGAAAGAGAGGAUUUGACGAUAUAGCAUCGGCCUGUUUUAUAUACAUAACCUAAAAUCAGCCUGAGCUCCUGGUUUACUUGGAGGAGUCCAAAAUAGCUGCGCUGUAUUUUGGUGUAUGGCAUCACCGAGGACAAAGGCACUGGCUGAAAAUAUUCUCCGUUUACUUGGGAGAGGACACUUUUAAGAUGUAUGGAAUUUUCAUAUUAUUUGGUCUCAAUUUGCUCUUUCAAGAAAUGCUUGCUAUUCAUGCAGCAAUGCCGUGCCCCAUUCACUUCAUUCCCUUGAUGCGGAUUUUCAUACUCAAUCCGGCUGGUUUAGUUACACUGCGACCAAAGAAUCAGAAAUAUGGUAACUUAGAGGUAAGAAAGGUUGAAUCCAUGAGAAAUAUGUGGACUGAAUUG